AUGGGCGUGCGGUGCGCGGUGCGGCUGCUGGUGCUGCAGGCGGCGUGGGCGCUGGUCGGCGGUCAGGUGCGGUACUCGGUGCCGGAGGAAGCGAAGGGCGGCACGGUGGUGGGCCGGCUGGCGCAGGACCUGGGCGUGGAGGCGGGCGAGGCGGAGGCGCGUGGGCUGCGUCUGGUGGCCCAGGAUCGUGCGGCGAGCGUGGAGGUGAGCGGGGCGAGCGGCGCGCUGGUGGUGAGCUCGCGGCUGGACCGGGAGGAGCUGUGCGGCAAGAGCGCGCCGUGCGUGCUGCGCCUGGAGGUGCUGGUGGAGCGGCCGCUGCGCGUCUUUCACGUGGAGCUGGAGGUCACCGACAUCAACGACAACGCCCCGMUCUUCCCCGCCGCCCGRAAARACCUCAGCAUCUCGGAGACUUCUCCUCCAGGUUCCAGGUUCCCUCUGGAGGGCGCGUCRGACUCGGAUAUCGGAGCGAACGCGCAGCUCUCCUACAAACUGAGCCCCAGCGAGCAUUUCUCUCUGCAACUGCAAAAGAACGAAAAAUAYAGUGAGUCCUUGUUUCUGGUUCUSUCGAAAUCGCUGGACCGGGAGGCGAUGGCUGAACACCGUUUACUGCUGACUGSGAGUGACGGGGGCAGACCRUCKYURUCGGGSACGAUGGAGCUGGUGAUCUCGGUGCUGGAUGUGAACGACAACGCGCCYGARUUCAACCAGUCKGUCUACAAAGUACAGCUGGCGGAGAGCGCCCUAGAAGGGGAGGGACUGGUUCAUGUCUGCGCCACGGAUCUGGACGAGGGAAUUAACAGCGAAGUGUUGUACACAAUGAACAGUGUAAUCCCUGCCAGUGGAACAGACCUGUUCGUGCUAGAGCCAAGCACCGGGGAAAUGAGGCUGACAGGUCCCCUGGAUUUUGAAGAGGUUCGUCUUUACGAGAUACAAGUAGAAGCGGAAGACAGGGGUACACCUCCCCUUUCGGGGCACUGCAAAGUGGUGGUGGAGGUGUUGGACGUGAACGACAACGCGCCGGAGGUGYGGGUGACGUCGCUGUCGGUGCCGGUGGCCGAGGACGCGGCGCUGGGGACGGUGGUGGCGCUGCUGAGCGUGUCGGACCGUGACUCGGGGUCGAACGGKCGCGUGCGGUGCACGGUGUGGCCGCCGUCGCCGUUCGGUGUGGUGUCGACGUUCGAGGGCUCGUACUCGCUGGUGCUGCGUGAGGCGCUGGACCGGGAGCGWGUGUCGGAGUACGAGGUGGAGGUGCGUGCGGAGGACGGCGGGACGCCGCCGCUGCGSGCCAGGCGSGCCCUGCGGGUGCCGGUGUCCGACGUGAACGACAACGCGCCGUCGUUCGCGCAGGCCGUGUACACGGUGCUGGCGCGGGAGAACAACGCGGCGGGCGCGGAGCUGGCGCGUGUGUGGGCGCGGGACCCGGACGAGGCGGGGAGCGGGAGGGCAAACGCGGCGGUGCCGGAGAGCGGCGGCGGGGGACCGGCGCUGGCCAUGGGCGUGCGGUGCGCGGUGCGGCUGCUGGUGCUGCAGGCGGCGUGGGCGCUGGUCGGCGGUCAGGUGCGGUACUCGGUGCCGGAGGAAGCGAAGGGCGGCACGGUGGUGGGCCGGCUGGCGCAGGACCUGGGCGUGGAGGCGGGCGAGGCGGAGGCGCGUGGGCURCGKCUGGUGGGCAAGGGUCGUCCGGCGAGCGUGGAGGUGAGCGGGGCGAGCGGCGCGCUGGUGGUGAGCUCGCGGCUGGACCGGGAGGAGCUGUGCGGCAAGAGCGCGCCGUGCGUGCUGCGCCUGGAGGUGCUGGUGGAGCGGCCGCUGCGCGUCUUUCACGUGGAGCUGGAGGUCACCGACAUCAACGACAACGCCCCGCUCUUCCCCGCCGCCCGAAAAAACCUCAGUAUCGCCGAGUCCUUAACGCUUCCUGGCUCGCGUUUCCCUCUGGAGGGCGCGUCGGACUYGGAUAUCGGAGCGAACGCGCAGCUCUCCUACAAACUGAGCCCCAGCGAGCAUUUCAAACUGGAAUYACAAAAGGUUAAUGAGCGAAAUGAUCUACCCGAACUCGUAUUAACGAAAGCACUGGACCGGGAGGCGAUGGCUGAGCAUCAUUUGAUAUUGACGGCGAUUGAUGGGGGCAGACCGUCSUUGUCGGGMACRAUGGARCUGGUGAUCUCGGUGCUGGAUGUGAACGACAACGCGCCUGAAUUCAACCAGUCUGUCUACAAAGUACAGCUGGCGGAGAGCGCUGCAGUGGGGACAGUGGUGACGGGCGUGAUUGCGACGGAUCCAGACGAGGGCAUUAACAGCGAAAUGACUUACAAAGCMACGCACUUCCUGCCACAACACGGAAAGGAUCUUAUUAGCGUGAAUUCAAACACGGGAGAGAUCACGCUGACGGCCCCUCUGGACUUUGAAGAGGCCGAUGUCUUCGAUGUCCGCAUAGAGGCAAGAGAUAAGGGUACUCCUUCYUUAACUGGACACUGCCGCGUGGAGUUGAAGGUGUUGGACGUGAACGACAACGCGCCGGAGCCCCAACUUCCCGCUGCCCGCGGGCUCGGCGCCCAAGGAGACGCCGCAGGAUCCCAGCGCUCUCCUGGACACG